CCGGAGGAGCGCUACGAUUUCCUCUUCAAGCUGGUGCUGAUCGGCGACGCCAGCGUGGGCAAAACCUGCCUGGUGCAGCGCUUCAAAACCGGGGCCUUCGCCGAGCGCCAGGGCAGCACCAUCGGCGUGGACUUCACCAUGAAGAGCCUGGAGCUGCAGGGCAAGCGCGUCAAGCUGCAGAUCUGGGACACAGCAGGCCAGGAGAGAUUCCGAACCAUCACACAAAGCUACUACCGCAGCGCCAAUGGAGCAAUCUUAGCCUAUGACAUCAGCAAGAAAAGCUCCUUCCAGGCCAUUCCUCGCUGGAUUGAGGAUGUGAGAAAGUACGCUGGUUCCAACAUAGUGCAGUUACUGAUUGGAAACAAGUCUGAUUUAAGUGACCUUCGAGAGGUUCAGCUGGAGGAAGCUCAGAAUCUGGCUGAACAGUAUGACAUCAUCUGUGCCAUAGAGACGUCUGCGAAAGACUCCAGCAAUGUAGAAGAAGCUUUUGUGAAGAUGGCAACAGAGCUCAUGAUAAGGCACGGAGGCCCCAUGUUCAAUGAGAAAAACACAGACAGCAUCAAACUUGACAGCAAAGACAUAGCAGAGGGCUGGGGAUGCGGUUGCUGAUACAAGCUAGGUGGUAUCUCUGACUUUUGCUGCAAUUUAGAGGGAUGUCUUCCCCUCAGACUGAAUAGCACAGUAGCUGUAUCCUCCUGAGAGACCAGCAUUUUUGUAGAAGUUAGACUACAAUGCAAUCAAGAUUGUCUUUUACUUUUAAAAACGAACUUGAUUGAAAUUUAGACCUGAAAGUUUAAUCUUCCUUGAUGUUUACUCUGUAUUUGCCCCUGUUCUUUUCUUUGCUGCAAACUUCUCAGUAAGUUAUGAAUCUGAGGGAAGCAGCUUGGAACUGUUUGUUGGAGGACCGAGGAAGGUAAAUCAAGAAGAAAUCACCAUAUACCUGAAGUCCUAAACCCUUCAGUGUGGGUAGCUGGCAAAGGUGUCACUAUUUCUGCAUUUAAGUCAGUCAGCCUUGAUAGGGUCUUUUAAAAUUCUCAGCAUUCCACAAGUGAUCACAUACACCAGACAAGUUACUAGCUAGUGUCUGUGGCAAAAGUGUUUCAAGUAUCGACAUGCUUGAUUUGAACAUAGGACCCAGCAGCAGCCAUCUCUCCAAGACACUGGGCCAUCCUGGAUGCUUUCUCCUUGAAAGUGAAAUUUGGCACAUGGACCACUAACUACUGAUGGUACUAAGCCAAGUGGGCUGUCACUCUGAUUUUUAAAAAAUCAUUCAAAUAGUGAAAUCAGCCUGAGCAAUAAAAAUUGCUUGCUUGUUUAGCAAGAGGAGUCAGUACAUUUCUUAAGUUUACUCUUGGAGAAGGAGGGAUUUGAUUUUUUUACUUAUUUGCACAGUGAAUAGUUUAUUUUCCAAGUUGGUAUCAUGGAGUUUUCACCCUCAGCUUAUUCAUUUCAUUCCAUAACUCAAGAACAGCACCACUGGAAAUAAGAACUGGAGAAGCCUUGAACAGACUUUAUUAGCCAUGAUUGACUUUGGAGUGCUGCAGUAUUCCUCACUGGUCACAUACAAAAGUUAGCCCAAUCCCAUGUGAUUAGCAUUGGGUUUUGUUGCCAGAGGUUUUAUUGCACAAGUCCUUAACUACAGCCUGGGCAUUUGAUGGGACAGUGAAUUUCAAAUUAGCUGAAGAAUGUCUGAAAUAUGAUUUCUUGGCUAUAGGAAAAUACUGAAACCUCUCUGAUUCCCCCCGUCCCUCACAAUCACACAUUACCAGUUGCUUUUCAUUUCUUGCAAAUCUUUAACAAGAAAAAUCUUCUUUUACUAUUGACCAAAAGCCUGCAUUAUUAUCUAAAACUGAUUUAAUAAUCCAGCUAAAUUGGCUUAAAGAUGUAGCUCUUAAUUAUGAGCUUAUGUUGCGUCUGUAGUUAGAAAGUGCUGAGCAACUAUCCCUGGAUUUAUCUUCUCAAGCACCUUACAAACAGGGAUUUACAAGAGGAACAGAACUGGAUUUUUGAAGUCUACAGCUUAAAGCCAAGGAUUUCAGAUAAUGAUAUUGGAUGCCUGACUCUAGAUAUUUUACAAAGAGCUUGAUUAUCAGAAGUUCUGAUCAUCAACACAUAAAAAGUUGUUUCAGGUUGCUGCACUUAAAAAAAAAAUGAAGGCACCCAAAAAUCAAUAGUUGUUUUUUAAAGUCUUAACCUAAAAUGAUAGGGUGUAUUUAGGUUAUUACCACCAGGAAUACAGUUUUUGGCCAUUCCACGCAUGCCAUCAGGAAACUAAGAAAGGGCUAAUAUCAUGGACCCUGUUUUAAAUGUUGAUUUAUCAGAAAAAUCCUUUCCCUGCAGAAAUUCUUGAACUAUUUUCUCGUCUGUCUUGAUUUUAAACUAAAGUAGUUGACUAAAGAAUUAGGUUUGUUUUGUAGACUGUUUGCUUGUGAUUUAAGAUAAACUUGACUUCAGAUUUUAUAGUUGUAAGAAUAAAGGGGCCUUAAUAUUUAGUUAAAUUUUCACAUUUGUUUUAUUUGGAAAUACAGGGUGAAGCACAAAUACAGUUUUUUAGUUUAAAUAGGGCAGUUUUCCAGGAUACUCCAGGAUCCCCUGCAUCCAAAGAUAAGAGGAACCGAGUGUCCAGAAGUAACAAAACACUGCAGAUGGAGUUUUCCAAAACUCAAGGCAACUAAUAUACUAUCAGUUUGUAAACCGCAAACCUCAUACUUCAUCCCCAGAGAAGGGAUAAAAAUUGGUUUAAUCUAGAAAAAGGUCUGAUUAACAACUAAAAUCAGUCCUGAAAUCUUUUUUCUAUUGAAGAGAUACCAUGACAAAUAUAUUCAAGAUCCUCUCCUGUUUAUUGAUCAGUCUAUAUAGUCUGGGUAGAGUUAUCCCAACUAAUUUUUGAAGUGGUCAUAUUAGAAAAGCUGCUAAGGUCUUAAUCCAGAGAAUACUUGUAUCUUAUCAUCAUAUUUUAUUGUGCGUCUGUAGGCCCCAGUCCAACAAUUUGGUGUGCCUACUCAUGGGCACUUACAUCAUCACUCCACAGUCCUUGUUUGCAGGACUGGGGCCAAGUUACAUACUAAAACCGUGCUGGAAAAAAUUCAUGUGCAUGUAAAAAACAAGUAUUGAAACGACUUACAUCACAGCUGAGCCUCUAUUGCAUUCUAGGCCUGGAUGAGCUAUUUGUUAAGAGCCAGACAGAACCUGGAUCCUACUGAUUGCAGUCAGCACAAGUUUUGUCAUUCACUAUAAAUGAAGGCAGAACUGAGCCCAACAUCUGAAAGAAUAAAAGCAUGCGACUCUUUAACCUUUGUGUAGCAGCCAAACGGAAAUAAAUCAAGCACUUUAUUUUGUCUUAAUCCUUUGCUAUGGUUCAUCUGGUGUUUCAACUCCAGUGUUGAAAUUUUAAGAAUCCAUCUGCAGAGCUUAGUCUGUUUCACUCAGAAGUUGUUAUAAAACGCAGUACUUGUUGUUUGUUUACUGGGCCUUCAAGCCUUUAGCUCCUUGGAUUUUUCCUUUAAAGCUAUAGAUGCUCAGUCAAUGGCACAGUGUUUGGAUUCAUAAUACACUGUUUCAAACUAUCCCAGCAGAGUAUACUAUACACAUCGCCUGAGAGUAAUGGUACAAUCCUCACUGAUGCAUGGUUCUUUGUACUGAAAUAUAUUUAACUGAGAAAACAGAAUUUAUAUCUUUUUCAAUAAUCCCUUUUAUAGACUUUGCUGUUCAGCUAGCCAUAGAUCCAUAAAUCAUAUCCAUAGCUAUGCAAUCUAAGCCAUAGGAGACAAAUCCUGCUUGCUUUAUUUUCAGUAAUCCCAUUGAAACCAAAAGGAGAAUUGUGCUCGAGGAGGGUGAGCAUGAUUUGUCCCUAUAUUUAUAUGCACAAAACUAUUCCUUGGGAAUCUCAGGAUAGAAAUCUGCAGUGAUGUACAUCAAAUGAGUGGUUCAGUAGCAUGCAACCAUAAUUUAAAAAUUAAAUAUUUGCCGAGAGCCUGUUUGAUGGUAGUUGAACUUUUAACAAGACAAUAAACAGCCAUUAUACUAUUGGACAGUGCAUUAAUUGCUUUUGGCACAUCUUCUUAGCCUACCAUUACUUUUAUAGUGUUUGUCAUUUGCAUUUGACAGUGCCAGAAGUGUGCUAGGUAAAGUAGAGAUUCAAAAAAAGGGGCAUUGGUCCCUGGCCAAACAGCUUACAAAAGGUGAAAUUCGGUAGAUUAUGCUGAAAUGAGAAUACUUACAGGAGCUUAUUCUCUGUCUGAACAGUACUGUUCCCUGUUUUGGUUUGGAUACAACUAACUUUUAAAUUCAUCUCCUGUUGCUGAUGCAGUCCAUUUUGAUGGGGAGAAUUUGUACACAUAUUUAUAACUGUGUCAUUUUCAAAUAAAUGUGUAUUAGUACAGAA